GUGGCUGAUCCAGUUCUCACUGUACACUUUACUACGGCUUGCAAUGUGACACUAAAAUAUACACUCCCUCGCUCUCUCACGCACACCUCACACACACACACACACACGCACGCACCCAGACACUUGCACAUACCUUCACACACACACACACAGACACACACAGACACGCAUGCACGCACGCACACACGGACCCACGCGGGCGACGGGGCUAUAAUCCGGAGUGGAGUUCUCUGUGUGCGUGUGUGUGAACGGAUCUAGAUCGGUCGCUGCAUCUUCGUGUCUAGAUCUCUCUGGUUGAAGCGAGCCCGUGGAGCAGCGGGAAGGGAACUAAGCGCGGCCCCCCGACGAGGAGCUAUUUCUCCGCGGGUGCUCCCGCAUCAUGUUUGGCGCGCCCAUGCCAUUGGAUUUUGUCGUGCUGUUCUGCUUGGCAUCUGCGAUCGCAGCGGUGGAAGAAACCCUAAUGGAUACUCGGACAGCCACAGCUGAACUUGGAUGGACAGCAAACCCACCUUCAGGGUGGGAAGAAGUCAGCGGCUACGAUGAGAACCUCAACACUAUCCGGACUUACCAGGUGUGCAAUGUCUUUGAGCCCAACCAGAACAACUGGCUCCUCACUACGUUCAUCAACCGACGGGGCGCGCACCGCAUCUACACAGAGAUGCGGUUCACGGUGAGGGACUGCAGCAGCCUCCCGAAUGUCCCUGGUUCCUGCAAGGAAACCUUCAACCUGUAUUACUAUGAGACAGACUCUGUCAUCGCCACCAAGAGGUCAGCCUUCUGGACAGAGGCCCCCUACCUCAAGGUGGACACUAUCGCUGCAGACGAGAGCUUCUCUCAGGUGGACUUUGGUGGCAGGUUGAUGAAGGUGAACACAGAGGUGAGGAGCUUUGGUCCCCUCAAUCGCAACGGCUUUUACCUGGCCUUUCAGGAUUAUGGGGCGUGCAUGUCACUGCUGUCGGUGAGGGUCUUUUUUAAGAAAUGCCCCAGCGUGGUGCAGAAUUUUGCCAUCUUCCCAGAGACGAUGACAGGAGCAGAGAGCACUUCCCUAGUGAUUGCACGGGGCACGUGCAUCCCGAAUGCCGAGGAGGUGGAUGUGCCCAUUAAGUUGUACUGCAAUGGUGAUGGGGAGUGGAUGGUUCCCAUUGGCCGCUGUACCUGCAAGGCUGGAUAUGAGCCCGAGAACAAUGUGGCCUGCAAAGGUAAGGUGAUGAUUCAUUGAGAUGUUGUGUGAUGAUGGCCAGCCAGAAAUCCUUGACAUGGGACAGUGCCCAGGUGGCUCUUAAGGGGCUGGUUUGAUAGCAUCAUUUGCCCCUAGCAAAUUGGAACAGCCAACUUGUAUUAAUGCCAGUGUGUUUGGGAUUACCUGGGAAUUAAAGUUUUGCAUUGCUUUGUCCACCUUUGACAGCUGUAGUUGAGUUGAGUCUUUUCAGUAUCUGUAGCAAGGGUUGCUAAGAACUGUCCUAAGUGGUACCUGCCUUAAACCAAGUCAGGCAGAAAAUGUGACAUCUUAAUAAAUGAAAUAAGGACUGAGAUGAUGUAUGUUGAGCAGUGACAGUGAUUUACAUGUGAUUCCUCUGUCCAAUUGUGUUUUGCCUUAGGUUAUGAGCUUUAUGCCACACAGUUGUUCAGAGUAGAAAAUCCCACUUACAUUUUAUCCCAGUGCUGAAGCUCCUGAAAUGACCAUCAAAUGAGCAACUUCUUUGCUCAUGGUUGAGUCAUGGCAUAUAGGAAACUCCUUUGUGAAUGUCUAGUAUCCUAGGUGUAAAUUUGCAGUGGAAUUUGCAAGUUGAUAAUACUUCUGCCGAAGUUUAGUAGUACUCACACCCUUUCUGUAUCUCUUUGGUAAAUGUUUUUUUUGGGGGGAGCAAUUUUAUUGGCAUCAGCAUUGAACAAUGAGCUUUUGGUGGAGCAAAUGGGACUGAAGUGGGAGUCAUGUCUACAAAUAUCUGUUUGUGGUUUCACAAGGAUCAAAUGUGGCCUUCACUGAGCUCACCCAAGAGGAACCUUUGUUGUUGUUGUUUAGUCGUGUCCAACUCUUUGUGACCCCAUGGACCAGAACACGCCAGGCACUCCUGUCUUGCACUGCCUCCCGCAGUUUGGUCAGACUCAUGUUGGUAGCUUCGAGAACACUGUCCAACCAUCUCGUCCUCUGUCGUCCCCUUCUCCUUGUGCCCUUCAUCUUUCCCAACAGGAACCUUUACUUAGCUGAAAUCUCUCAGUCAACAUUUUGCCACAUAUUUACUGGAUAAUACAUCCCACAAAGUUGGAUCCAGGGUGACCUAUGUUAGGCUGACCUACUGAUACUGCUGUGACAGGUGAACAUGUCUGUUCUGUCAGGAUAGCUCUACCAGGAAGAACAGCAGCAAAUGUCACUGCCUGCUUGGCGCUCUGCCUGGUGAGCAGGCAGGUGGUAGCUAUGAUGAUGGGGGUGGGGGUGGUGAAGAAGAAGAGCAGCAGAAGCAACUAGUGAAAAUGGUGUUGAGACUUUCUGAUGGAGAAAUGGAGAGUAUCUAGUGCAAGGAACCUCAAAAACCUAGAGUUAGAAUCAUAGAAUCAUAGGGUUGGAAGAGACCACAAGGGCCAUCCAGUCCAAACCCCUGCCAAGCAGGAAACACCAUCAAAGCAUUCCUGACAUAUGGCUGUCAAGCAUCUGCUUAAAGACCUCCAAAUAAGGAGACUCCACCACACUCCUUGGCAGCAAAUUCCACUGCCGAACAGCUCUUACUGUCAGGAAGUUCUUCCUAAUGUUUAGGUGGAAUCUUUGGAUGAAUUGACACUCUUUGGAUGAAUUCAGAUGAAUGGCAGUGUGUUAUUGUUCUAAAUGGCAUGGGCCAUGCCUCUGUGUAUGAAUUGAGACUUGGGAGUUAGCUUCUCCAGGCUGAGAAAUCUGAGGUGGGUAAGUUAGACAUCUAGAAUAUGAUGGGAAUUAUUUCCCUCUCUGUUUUCCACAAUGGUGACACGGGAGGUAAAGGUACUCUAUACAGCUGGGGGGUAUGGAGCACACACUAGGGAAAUGCUAAAAUCUAGGGACCAUGAUGUGAUCUGGCUCCUGUAAGUGCAAGGCCAUAUACGGGGAUCUAUUAUUGUGAAGUGAGUGCUUUGUGUGGAAACAAGUAUAUGUCACAAUGUCAAGGCUAUAAGUGGCUGAGAUUAUGCAAAUGGCAGUACAUAGUUGGCCAUGUGCCUGAGGCGGCACAUUCUGAAUGCUGUGUCUCACACAGAAUGUUUACAGUGUUUGUAGUGAAACCCUGAGGGAACUGCAUGUAAAUGUUUAGUAAAUACUUCAAACAGAAAAAAGGUGCAUACUUUUUAUAGAGAACAUACUGUGCAAAAAGUUACUUGACCUUAUUCCUCAUUCACACUUUAAAAUGCUCUCUAAAACAACAUAUUGCCAGCAGAGUCUAAUAUUAGCAAAUAUAUUGCUUUGCUUUCAGUAUGCUUUCUAAAAGAUAGCUGCUUGUGGAGUUUUUAUAAGGUGAAAUUAGUAUCUAAGGAAAAUGGAAAUUGAAUCUAAGGGCCAAAACAGAUGUGAUGCAGUCAAUUCAUGAUUGCAUUUCCCAACUUUUUAUUGUUCAACUUUAAAGCAGCCAGUUUUUGUAGGAGCAGUGAUACUGGGGGAGUGUAGGUUGAAACAUUUUCCUCUGCUGUUUUCUCCAUUUAAAUCCUCCCCCCACAAUUUUGCUAUUACACCAAACUGAGAAAAACCCCAAACAUGGUAGAGCUAUCUGUAUUUUCCCCCAGCAGGGCUGAUGGCAGCUUUGGGGUGGGGUGGAAAAGCAAUUUCAAUUGAGAAAUGACAUGGGAGAAAGGCAUGGCAUGGGUGCCUUUGGGAGGAAGAGCAAGAUAUAAAUCACCAUCUUGGAUGUCGUUUGUGAUCCCAGAUCUGCUCCCACAUUGCUUUCUCAGGCAUCCAGAUCUGGCUGCUUGGAAGCCAAACAGAAAAAACCACAUAAAAGCCAGCAUACCACCACAAGUGUAUCCAAAAAUCCUCUUUUUCUGCAAAGCUGCCACCCUUCACUCAUACCAACUGUGCUCAAAAAGGUGGUUUAAUGCCGGGGGGGGGAGGGGGCUAGGGCUACCUGAGGCUGGCUUAGUAAGCACACUAGGCUCUUACAAACAAUAGGGCCACAGCUCUACUAAUAAGAUGAGUGAACUACUAAACAACUCACACAUUUGGCCUUGAAUUUUGCAUGAAUGACUAAUCUAAGAUUCAAGCUAGCUGAGCCAGAAGGAGAAUUGUCCCCCUCCACAGAAGGGGAGGAGCUGACAUUUGGAAAAUGAUAAAGUUCCCCCCAUGCCUUCAAGUGAUCUGGCACAAGACAACUUCUCAACUGGUGGUGCCCUAGUGCCCCCACUCCCAGAAAUACCUUUCAGAUGAGUACCCAGUACCACCUGAGCUCUAUGCAUAGCUAAAGACCUGAGGCCCAUAAAAUAAUGGGAAGAAGUGAAAAUUCCUACUGCCUCUGUGUGUGUGUGUUCUUCAACAUCAACUUCGUUGGACUGGUCAUGUUGUGCAGAUGCUUGAUGAUCGUCUUCCAAAGCAACUACUCUAUUCUGAACUUAAAAAUGGAAAGCGUGGUCAACAAAAGAGGUUUAGAGACUGUCUCAAGGGAAAUCUAAAAAAAAAGUAGUAUAAACACUGACAACUGGGAAACACUGGCCUGCGAGUACUCCAGUUGGAGAACAGCCUUUACCAAAGGUAUCAUGGGCUUUGAAGAAGCUCGAUCUCAGGACGCAAGGGAGAAACGUGCUAAGAGGAAGGCACGCUUGGCAAAUCCGCACCGUGAUCAGCUCCUGCCUGGAAACCAAUGUCCCCACUGUGGAAGGAUGUGUGGAUCCAGAAUUGGCCUCCACAGUCACUUAUGACCCAUUGUUAAAACCGUGUUUAUGGAAGACAAUCUUAUUUGGCUACGAGUGAUCGUCAAAAAAGAAGAAGUGUGUAUGUAUGUGUGCAGGCGCAUAUAUGGUCAUUUAUUGUCUCCAACAUCUGGUAAUUAGAGCGCCCAACAGAUCCUAUUUAUAUGGAUCUGCAGGUCCCUAAAGUUGGGAUACUUCUCCCAACUGAAGGGGUUAAAAUUAAUUUCAGUAAGCCUGCCUGGUUUAAGAAGAAAAUAGAAGCUAUUUAUACUAUGGAAACACCAGUAGUGUUUAUUUGGUUUAAUAAUGGAAGUGUAAGAUCCCUAGCGAGAUAGGGUGCAGUGAAAGAAAGCAGUAAAAAAAUUAAUUAUAGUUCUCCAUAUAUCCUAUACAAUGCAAUACAAACAUAAAAAAAACCCUAGGAGAUAAUUGAUGACUGUAUCAUAUUCACCAUCUAGUGGCAUCAUGAGCAGGUACUGAAAUAAAUUGAAAGCAAAUUAUAACAUUACAAAGUUUAAAUAUGAAUAAUGGAGCAGCGUAAAGCUUAUGGAGCAGGGAAGGAGUUGAAAGAUUUUGCGCUGUGGCAACAAUGAUGAGAUACCUGCAGCCCUCCUGGUGUUGUUGGCCUCCAACUCCCAUUAAUCCCAACCAGCAUGGCCACAGGCCAGGAAUGAUGGGAAAUGCAGUUCAACAAGGUCUGGAGGGCCACAGGUAUCCCACUGCGGCUUUACAAGACAUAACCUUGAAGCCAGGAUUUCUAAAAACAGCAUUGAUUGGCAUCCAUAGGCCUACAAUGGAGAGACUGGAUCAUCCCUAAGUGCACCUUUGUAUAGUGACUAAAUGGCAGCUGUCAUUGCUUCUCUUUUGGUAUUAAUGAUGCACAUUUAGAAGCAUUUGCAGCAUUCCUGGAAGGGGAUUAUAUUUCUUCCCUUGGGGCACUCUUGGGCUGCACAGCUUCAAAGCAUGCACUGGUCAUACAGUAAUCCUUGCCUGCCAUGUUGACAGGUCAGGUGAUAAGUGCAUAGAUGGUGGUGGUCAGAUGCACCUUAUAAAAAUAGCCUUGCUAACGCUGACAAGCAGUAAGAGAGAAUGGGAAAUGCGUCUCUUUUAUUGCACUGUUCAGAAGAGGAGAACUGGCACCCUAAAUUGGAGGCCUCGGAUGGGGUGUCUACCAGUGGCAGAUGGUGAUCAGGCUUCUGGCUGAGCCGGGAACUGGAAGUGGUAGACCAAUCACUGGAAUGGGGGUGUCAGCUGACGUAACACAGUCUGCUGCCUUAGGGAUCCUUGCCAUUGCACUCCUCGGAUCCCCAUUCAACACUCUUGUCACACUCUCCCCCUCCCCAUUCUAUUGCAUCAAAGCUCCUAAUUUAGCUGAAACUUAUGAUGGAGAACAGCUAGUUUCUCCUUUCAUGGAAUAGCUUUUUUUUAUUCUGCUCAUGGUGGCUUAGAUUAGAUUCCAGCACACAUUUUAACGGUUUCCAGGUCAUAUCAAGAUGGAAAGUCCAAUUUUGAGUAGGAGACAUAAAGGCUGAUAAUAUGAAUUAAUUCACCCGUUCAGAUAGGCUACAUACAUUGCGGUAUGUAGAUAGGCUACAUACCUUGCGGUAUGUAUUUGUGAAGACAGUUGCAAGAUUGUCAGUUUACCUUCUUCCUGCCCUUCUUUCACUUCACUUACUUGGCAUUUCCUUGAUUUUCUGUGCCUCACGAAUCUAUAGAAUUUGUAGAAUGUAUACGACCAUCACAAUGAGAUUGGAGUCCAUGGUUGGUGUGGGUGGGCAUCAGCUGAGGAUCCGCACCACAGGAGAGGACCUAUUGACAAGAGCCCACUGUCCUUAUUGUAGUGAGGAGGUGGACUUGCUGAGGUGAGCGGGCAUGGAGGAUGCCCAGCAACCAAUGCUGUCUCACAAUAUAGUGGAACAAGGCACAUUGUGAGGUAAGAGAUGAUGUAAUAGCAAAGUAGUAAGAUGAGUAAUACAGCUUCUAAACUCUAGGACAUUUGCGAUCAUGACGACAGGAAUGAACAUGACCUUAAAUGUCCUUCGUAGCAAAACCGAUUCAUGUUUUGACACCCCUCCUUCAAAAGAUUUCCCCUUCUUGCUUGGAAACUCAUUGCCCCCUCAGGCUGGCCUUGAUUGUUUGUCAGCACCAAGGUGCAGGGGCUGUUGUAAAGCAAAAUCAAACUGCAGAUUGCUUUCUUGAAGAAGGCCACGCAACAGCUGCCACGCGAAGGCAGAACUCUCCGAAGUGAUGUUUGUGAUUUCUUGGCUUCAAAGGGCUGUGUGGGGCUGCGUUGGCUGGCUGGGCCUCUUUCAUCUUUCUCAUUAUUUCCUGAGUGAAACGGCAGGAAUCAGAACAAGCCUUGAUUGGUUCUGAUUUAAAUGGAACUCCGGGAACGACACUCUGAUUCUUUCUCUUAAUUGGAACUUUUCUCUCUCUUGUUUUGGGCUUUGCCAUGCGUGCUGUCAAUUUGAUACCGCCUGCUGGAAUCCUCAGAGGGUUUGGAUUUAUAAAUAUGGAAAUUAUGUAAUUUCUCCUUUUAUGUCACUGCUUUCUGAGUUUUUAUUAACAUGCUCAUUCCCCCCCCUCCUUUAUGCCUAGUGGCUUUACUGAAACUUUCUGUUCUUUGAAAUAACACUCCAGUUUGAAAGGUUCAGUCCAAAGUUGCUGGAAGGCAAGGCAAUGAAAACGUUGGGAGUGUUGGACAUGGUGCCACUACUGAAGGCAGCUUUCAAAAUGCUAAUAGUAAAGAAGGAAGGAAGGAAGGAAGGAAGGAAGGAAGGAAGGAAGGAAGGAAGGAAGGAAGGAAGGAAAGAAAGAAAGAAAGAAAGAAAGAAAGAAAGAAAGAAAGAAAGAAAGAAAGAAAGAAAGAAAGAAAGCAAGCCAUCAUGGGUCUGAGGAUAACUGAAUUCUAUGCAAAGACUAAUCUCAAAAAGUUGUAGUUACAGGGGAAAUCAUCUUUUUCUUUUCUUAAAAAAAUGUUUCUGGAUCUCACCAUUACAGAAAUUGCUUCAUAAUAUAAUUCUCAAGUCUUCCAAGAGAAGUAAUGUUUUUUAAACAUUUGGUUCUUAUAAUUUUUCGCCCUGCUAAGUCUUUUUAUACUGUACUUUGCAAGACUAUAAUACAUAGAGUCACUGUUAUUUAUUUGAAAGAUUUCUAGGCUGCCCUAUAGGCCAAUGUCAUGAAUGGAUUCAUGCCACUGACAUGAGAAUGAUCAGUUUCAGGUUUGAAAUCUAAUUCUGGGACUUUCAGUAAAUUGGAGGAAGUGGCUGCAAUGUGCCCUAAAUCUUAAUUUAAUAAUUCUUUGAUGUUUUAACUACCUGAUUUUCUUUCUGUCUUUCUCAUAUGGCUUUCUCCUUUCCAGUUAAUAGCAGACCUCCUUGGCUUAAACUCGACAAACUAUAUCAAAUUUUGAAGAUUAAAAUUUUGAAGGUUUAUUUGCUUUGCUCACAAGAGAUGCUUCUUUUUUAAAAAACCGUGUGUUUGAUUGCAAUAUAAUGUUCCGUCACUAGAUGGCUCUAUGUGCUCUGUGGAGUUAAAUAGAGGGUGUGUCCUUUAUAGACAAAGAAGCGAGAAACAGCUCAAGGUGUGUGGAAAGGCUUUUUUUUUUUUUUUGGUUCACAGGUAAAACUGAUGACAAAGACCCAUACCUUGUACAAUGAGCAGUUCAAGACCUGGCCAGAAUCUCCAUUUUUUUUUUUUUACUCUAACACAAUAGUAGCAAUCUUCAUUUCCAUUUAGUAAAAGAUGGAAGAUGUUUUCCAGUACUAUACAUUCGAUUAUACCACUAUUAUGCCAAAGAAGUAUGAUUCUUUGCAUAUAUGUACAUGCAUUUCCAAGAUCUUUCAAUCCCCAGGGAACAGGGGAAGGUGUGAAAAGUGUAAUCUUCUUAAAAGAUUUAUUUGUGUUUUGCAAAGGGUGUAAAGCUGACAAAAGGGCCCUGCUCCAGGUCAUCCUCUGCCUUUCUUUCCAUCUGCCUGCACUUAUCCCAUGUCAGCUGCUGCACAGCCUCAGCAUGCUACUCACAGCGGUGCAAUUACCCAUUACUGCAUCUUUGCGCAAAACUAAUGACAUUUUCACCAGUUUUAUCCAGGGCAAAAGGUGGUUCCCCUAGCAGGCCAUAGUGAAAAGGGUUAAAUUGUUCACUCUGGCCAAAACCACCUCUUUUAAUAUAAAACAUGUAUGAAGUAAUUUCUCGGAGCAGAGAUUGUGUGUGUGUGUGUUUUAAAACUCUUUGAAAAUAAAUAAAACAAAGUGUGUUGUCGUCCCGUUCCCCCCCCCCCCCGCAAAUGUUUGUUGUUUUCAAGGAGGUAGACCUGAAGCUCACUCUCUCUAUAGGGCAAACACAUGGCCUAGUGUGUUGCCAUACACCUGGGAUUUCUUGGACACGUCUGGUUUUGGGGGACCAGCACCCCCAUCUGGGCAGAUUUUUGCAUUUUGGUUUAAAUGUCAGGGUUGUUGUUUAUUUAAUUAUGUUUUGGCUUUUUUUGUGGGGCAUGCUCAGAAGGAGCUGUGCCCUGGAACAGGAAACAGGCACCAGGUGGUCUGGAGCUGCCUGCUGGAGGUUGCACUAAGUCUGGUGUUGUUUUUGGCUGCUGCCAGGCCUUGUGCUGUCUUCCUGGGGCUGCGCUGGUCCCUGCAGUCACCUGGCCUUGCGUGGCCUUCUCGGGGCUGCUCAGCCUCUCUCAUUGUGAGCAGGGGGCCGAAGACAGCAAAGGUGAGAGAGGGGAGGCAAAAAGCGGGGAGCAGGCAGGUGAGGAAGGGGAGGGUUAGCAGCAGGGAGAGGGCGAGUGAGGGAGAUAUGGGGUGGGGGGUGGGGUGUCUGGAUGGUGGUGGUGUCCAGGUUUUUGAUCCCCGGAAUAUGGCAUCCUUAGCAUGGCAUACAGUCUAUAGGUUCGUCCAAACCUAUUUGCUUCCUGCCACAGCUGACACAAAUGGGGACAGAAGAGCCUGCAAUCACAUAUUUUACUCAUUGAAGCAAUGUUUCCUUUAUCGUCCGAAAUCUUUUGACAGUGAUGGCAAAUUAUAAAUACCCAUACCUUUUCUGGUGCCUUUGCAAGAAUACAGAAAAUACGAAGUGCCAUUAGAGGUUGCGCUUACUGCUGGCAAGGCCAUGAUCCUGUAUUCAGAACUCUGUGUGAUAACUGAGUAUUCUUUUCAGGCUUUAAAAAAAAAAUUUGCUGAGAAGGAAGAAGCAACAGAUAUUAUUGCUUGGUAUGAAUCCAUUUGAAGCUGAUAGUAAUAUUCAUUUAUUUCUGUAGUGCUCCCAGUGUGUGUGGCACCUUACAAGAGUAUUAGAGGACAGGUCUGUGCCCCGAGGGACUUUCAGUUUAAAAUUUGACAAGCGGAAACAACCGACAGAGUGGAUGCAAAUGGAGGUUGGGGGUAGAAGGGAUGCACUGUGUGGUUUUUUCAAUUGCACUUUCUGAGACUCAGCUAUAAACUGGGUUACAUUAGAGGAAGGCUGAUUAAACUGUUUCUCUCCAGAUGUUGCAGGAUUACAACGCACAUCGUCUCUAUUUGCAACAUUGGCUGGGUCUGAGCUGAAGCUCAGCAUCUAGGAAGUCACCCCUGCACUGGGUUCUUGUGCCCAAGGCUUCAUGGAAGAGGUGGGUUUUGAGCAAUAUUGAAAGGGGUGGCAUCUCACAGGUAUGCCUCCUUGUUUGAGAGCAAUGGAAGCUGUGCCCCUGUGCCCAGGCUAGCAGUGUUCUGUCCUUUUUUGGUGCCUGGGGCAUGCUGGGUCAACAGAACCCACCGUGCCAGCCAGCCUGCACCACCGCCACUGGACAUGUGCAUGCAAGGCGCAGAGGGUUCAGAGAGCAUGUGCACAAGCUCGGCCCUGGCCACUGGCCAAGUGUGGCUGUGCUGUGCCCCUGCCCCCCGUCCCCUCCCACAUGCUAUACCCCUGGUCCAGACCCCUUCUUAGUUACUAAAUAAACUGGAGUCCUUGGAGAGUUGAGAAAAUCAAAUGAAAAGAUUCCAAGAGCUCUGGCCAGGUAGUAGAACAUUAAACUUGAUUCAUGUUUUUUAGAAAAACAUGAAUGGUACGCUUUGACCUUGAAACUUGAAACUAGAGCUGAUGAAGAAUAAACUGAAACAGGGCCUUGUCCUGGAUUCCUAAAAACUGGAUUGCUACUGGAAUUUGUCUUAUUAUUCUCAACUUAAAACUUUCUAAAAAUUAAUCUACUACCUGGCCAGAGCUCUUGCAAUCCCUUCUUAGUUACUGUCAGAUUCCAGCAUAAACCAUAGACACUAAAAGUGGCAUGUGUGAAAAGGGUACAGAUCAAUGAUGGUAUGUGUUGUGACGUGGGGUUUGUGAUUUCAGCUCUCUUGACAUAAUAUGCUGGAGACAGUUCUCUAGUAACACUUCUUUAUUAAAGCAAACAAGACUAAGCUCUGAGGAGAGGAAAGCUACAUUCAUAGGGACGGGGGACUAGUUAGAAAGGGAUACAUUUUGGAGGGAACAAUAUCAGGCAAUCACAGUGCUGCCUUUUGGAGGAAACCAAUAAGACAGAGGAUCCAAAUGCAGCAGCUUAAAUGAACCAAUAGUAGCUGUACCUUCUGGAACCAAAAGGCAGUUACUUUACCCUAAUGCAAAUACAGACAAUUGUAAUACAGAUAUAAAAUACAUUGACUCAAUACACAACAGUAUGGUGACCAUUGGAAACAGAGCACAAGAAUGAAAAUGCUUCAAAAUGGCAGAAAGGGCUUAUUAGAGAACAGAGUUCAAGGGUGUGUUUAAAGUUUGCCCUCAGAAGUGCCCUUUAAGCAUCUGCUGAUAUUGGCAUACCAGGCUUACUCCCACGAGUUGUGCUUGUUGUUUAAUUUUGCCAGGAUCUGGAAGUGAAUCCAAAAGACUCACAGUAUGGGCUAUGAAUCCUUAUCCUGAUGGUAGGGACCACGGCGGGAUUCAGCGGCGGCAGCAGAUGGGUUCACACCUUGGAUAAUUUUCCAGCCAAGAGCUUUUACAGAUGAAUGGAUUGCACGAGCUGUGCCUAAAAGAAGCCUUUGCUUGUCCCUUUUACUGCAGAAGCAAGAGCACACCAACCCUUUGAGAGCAAAGUCUGAAAAGGAGAGGGGGGGGGAAUAAGCCAUUUGUGUAAUAUCUUCCUGCCUUUGCAAAAAGCUCCACUGUAAUGAUGUUAUUUAGUGAGCAGAUUUUGCUUUCUUUUGUUUUUUCUUUUCACCUUGGUUUUGGAUUCAUGUGCACUAAAACAAUGUUUAGCAAAGAGAAGAAUAAUUGAUUUCUUGCAAUAUUGCACAAAGUUGCAUUGCAAAAAGUAACUGAAGUGAUCAUUUCAUAUGAUACUUUACUGAUCAGAAGCAAACUACUUUCCCCUCUGAGCAAAUUCUGCUUAGUUGGCUCCCAUGUGUGUCUCCAGGGCAGCCUGAGAAUAUGAAAUUGCAACACUGGUCUGUGCUAAAACAGAUUCCGCCCUCAGCAUUAGCUUUUCCAUUCCAGCUGGUGUAUUUGAAGUAUUGUAAUGGGUUUUUGUCUUUCUUUUGAAUUAAUUCUGGGGAAACCGAGCCAGAUGG